GCGCAUGUGACCUCAUCGUUACAUGAUCAUAUGCAGAUGUGAGGUGUUUGGCUCUCCGGGAUUCGGUUCCUCUUCAGUUUCUAUUCCUUUAUCCUCACAGGCUGAUCAUUCACCACGGAUUUACACCGAGAGAGACGAUCAGGGUGAAUCAGAGCGGAUCACUCGGAAUCAGGACCCCCCACACCUAGAUGAGAACAUGCUGAGUGGAGGGGGCGAGGGGUGAAGUGGGCCUUGAACUCUUCACCUGCUCAGAUCCUCAGGCCUCAAAUCACUGAACUAAAGCCCUAAAACAUCUGGCCUUUCAUCUUCAUCUCUAAUCCCAGUGUAGGAGGGCGUGGCUCAUGGCGCUCGUGGCUCAUCCCCCUCAGGGUUCAGCCUCGCGCGGCUGAGGGCUGAAGAGUCAGCGCGUGCAGCGGGUGGACGAGGAGGGACGAGUAGGGACGAGUCCGGCCUUCAGGGAGUCAGUUGUGAACAUUGAGCCGCGAUGGGUCGGAAGGAAAUCAACUGCAGCUGGAAAAAAGUCACCAGCAACAUCAAGGACGUGUUUGACUUCAAGGAAGUGCUCGGAUCGGGCUCAUUCUCCGAGGUGUUCCUGGUGAGGGAGAGGAAGACGGGGAAUUUCUAUGCCCUGAAAUGUGUGAAGAAGAAGCAGCUGGAUCACAGCAACCUGGAGAACGAGAUCACCGUCCUCAGGAGGAUUAAGCAUAAGAAUGUCGUGGGUCUGGAGGAUUUCUAUGAAACUCGCACACACUACUACCUCGUCAUGGAGCUGGUCUCUGGAGGAGAGCUGUUUGACCGUAUCCUGGACAGAGGUGUGUAUACGGAGAAGGACGCCAGCCACGUGAUCCGGCAGGUGCUGGAGGCCGUGGCUUACCUGCACCAGAACAGCAUCGUCCACAGAGACCUGAAGCCAGAGAACCUGCUCUACUAUAACCAGGAUGAGAACGCCAAGAUCAUGAUCAGUGACUUCGGACUGUCCAAGAUGGCUGACCACGGCGUCAUGCACACAGCGUGUGGAACUCCGGGAUACGUCGCUCCGGAGAUUCUGGCCCAGAAGCCCUACAGUAAAGCCGUGGACUGCUGGUCUAUUGGAGUCAUCAGUUACAUCCUGCUGAGCGGAUAUCCCCCCUUUUACGACGACAACGAGACUCGUCUCUUCUCCAAGAUCAUGCGGGCGGAGUACGCCUUCCACUCCCCGUACUGGGACAACAUCUCCGAGUCAGCGAAAGACUUUAUCAGGAACAUGUUGGAGAAAAACCCCAAGAAGCGCUUCACCAGUGAGCAGGCGCUGCGGCACCCAUGGAUCAAGGGUGAGACGGCGCGGACGCAGGACAUCUACGAAUCCGUGUGUGAACAGUUCCAGAAGAACUUUGCUAAAUCUAAGUGGAAGCGGGCCUACAACGCCACAGUGGCGAUCAGCCACAUGAAGAAGCUGCAGGCGGCUCAUAGCGAGCCGCCGGUUCCUCAGCCGCUCCCCCUCAUCCAGGUGGUGGACGUGUCCGACAGACUCCACCCAGACUGCCUGCUGGACACCAACGGCAACCCUUCCUCAGGUCACAUGACGCUGGAACCGCACGGUGAUGUCAACCGGGCUCAGUGCCCCCUGAAAGCAUGCAAGAGUGAACCCCUCCAUUCACUGGUCGUCACGGAGACAGGAAAACACGCCUACCACUCCGAGUCCGAGCUGUCCGGCACGACCAGCAGCGGUCAGGGAACGGCCUGUGGGGUGAACCGAUCGAGUCAGCCACUGCAGACCGGAGUCUGCUCCAUGAUGUAAACAGCAGACUGCUGACUGACAGCUGUCAAUCAUUUCAGCGUUUGAGGCGGCGAGUGCGUGUCUCUGUUUUGGCCGGACUGAGCCGGUUCUGAGCUUGCACAGCGUUUCUCUGGAGGAUCCAGAACCACUCCGGACCCGACUGAGCCCAGAGAUGCCGCCGUGCCAACAGACUUGUUCUUUAUCUUUAUAGAAACAUGAGCGGAGACUCUCCUUGUUUUUGAGAAGAGCUGCAUAUCCAUCUUAUUUCUCUAUUAUUUAUGAGUUAUUACACUUGAGAGUAUAAUUAAUGAGUAAUAACAUCGCUAAGGGGCGCUGAGUGACUCGGCUCGGUCGAGGUCCAGGUCGGUGCUGCUGAGCCGUUUCAUCACAGGUUUCAUCUCUGAUAAGGUAAAGAUACAGUCGUGUGCUGAAGUACGUGCUCCCCUGGUCAAAGUCCAUGUUGUUAUUGAUUGAGUGUAAAUAAGUUACACAUCCUCUACAGACACACACUUCUACACACUUUAAUACACACUGGAUGUAAAGAUUUUCUCCAGUCUGAUUAAAUUCAUUCCGCUUACAGAUUCAGACUGAGGUGUUUAUUCUCACUCUACUCAACAGUUUGAUGAAAAUCUUCGUUUUCAUGCUCACUACAAGUAAUCCGAUGCAAAAUGACGCGCUUGCGUAGAGAACCACUCAGUGUAGGCCAUGACACUAAGUAGUUACCGUGACAACCAGCAUCACGUGAAGUCCAGUCAGAGUGAGAUGAGCAGCAGUGAGCAGUGAUUGUGUUUUUAACUGCUUUAAAAUGACGUCAGACUCAGGACACGUGGUUCUGCAGAUGGAUUCCAUAUAGAAACUUUUUGACAAGGGUUCUGUGUAGCACCAAAAAGGGUUCUUCUACUGUUACAAGCUUGGCAUCGUACCAACACUAGAACCCUUUUUGGUGGUCUGUAGAACCAUAUACAACACAUUCUCCAUCAUUCUGAGGAACCAUUCAACCAUGUAGAGAACCACUAAGUCAUGCAGAUGGUGUUCGUGGUUCACCGUCAUUACUGAAUAACCUUUGGAGAACCAUCGAUUUAAAGUGUGUGGAUUCAUUUUAACCAUAAUAUCCUGUUGCUUGACAACAUGAACACGGAUAUCUAGAUCUGUGCCCCAGCACUGCUGUGAUUGGUUGGAGGGCUCAUUUGCAUAUUUCACCCUGGCUGUUGUUGGUAUGGUGGCGCAUGCAGCCCUGAUGUGACCGUAUGAGUGUCUGCAUUUGAGCUGUAGCUGCUGCAGGUCUGCAGGUCACUCACAUCAUGACUGUUUCUUCUGAAAUAUAAGGCCUGCUUACAGUAGGAGCUGUGUGUCCUGAUGAAACGCCCUUCCUGUGUUUUAUCAUGUAUGAAAUAUUUAUUUAUGUGACGUUAAUAAGCACUUUAAUCAUGUCUUUACUGAACCAUCAUGUAUUAAAAUCUGCAUCGCA